CGGGAAAGAGAUAAGAGAAGUGGCCUCAGUUAGUCGAGAACUCUGAACGGGUGAUGACGUGCCUAUCGCGUGAACUUCACUAGACAGUUCUGUUUUUUUCUCUUUCUUUUUUUCCAACAUCAGGACAUAGAGGAACUUGCGUGAAAAGGAUUUUUCUUUAUUGAGAGGGCUUGAAGAGAAGAACAAAAAAACGGUGUAUACCUGUGUGUGUUAAGUGUGAGUGUGGGUGGCAUAUAUAUAGAGAAUUUGUGAACUCUUGGAAUGGUGUCUUUUCUCAAUGGGCCACAAUCCUAAGAGGGUAGCUAAGUAAUUGUUAGCAAAGUGCCUUGUGACUAUCUCAUCAUUGAAUUCCGGGAUGCAAUUGCUGCUAUAGUCCUUGCCUUGUUUUUUGAGUUUGUUGUUUUUUUUUUACUGAACACCUGGGGCAUCAGAGGGAUCAGAGUUUGUGAACUUGGAGGAUUUACCUUGUUUAUGCCAAGGGUUUAGUUUAGAAGCCUCACAAAAUGUCGCCAAUGUGCAGAAAUUCACAGGCGGUGUCGAGAAAGUCCCUGAGAAUGUCCUGGAUGGGACCCAGUAUCCUCUUCCUCCUCAUCUGCCUGGUGACUCCAUCAACACCAGCCCCAUCCCUCAAUACUGGCGUCUGUGCCGCCGUUACACAUUUUUUCGAGACCAAGGGACUCAGAAUUAAUCCCAAUGAGAUCCCCAAGGAACCCAUUAAAGAUCUGCCCCUCAAGUACUGCUCAGUUCCAGCCGCUGGCACGUGUUGCUCCUACAACAUGGAGAUGCGCCUCGCUGACGUCUCCAGGGUUCACAUGGAGAGACAGACCAAAGAUUUAAUUGGAAAAUUAGCCUCAGUACUCCACAAUCGUGCACAGAAGUUCAAUGAUUACUUCAAAGAUCUGCUGUCGGAGUCCAAGAAGGAAUUUCAUGCCAUGUUCAAGAGAACCUACGGGGCCAUCUACGAGCAGAAUUCCUAUGUCUUCUCGGAUCUCUUCACGGAACUCGAAGGAUACUACGCCAGAGGCAAGGUUGACCUGUCUGAGGCUAUGGAUUCCUUCUUCAACACUCUCUACCAGAAGAUGUUCACAGUUCUCAAUUCCCAGUUCACCUUCGAUGACAAAUACUUGGGCUGUGUCAGUGAACACAUGAAGCAAUUGAAGCCAUUUGGGGAUGUUCCUGAUAAAUUGUCAGUUCAGAUCAAACGUUCCUUUGUGGCAACAAGAACCUACGCCCAAUCUCUAGCCACAGCGGCGGACAUCGUGAAGAAUAUGAUGAAUAUCAAGCCAAAUGUCGACUGCGUGGUAGCACUCACGAAGAUGCAGUGCAAUGUUUGCAGUGGACAGACAGCCAAGCCGUGUGCAAACUACUGUGUCAAUGUCAUGAAGGGCUGCCUACAGCAUCACACAGAGAUGGACCAUGAGUGGGACAACUUCCUCACUUCCAUGGAGAAAUUAUCUGAUCGCCUCCUCGGCCCUUUCAAUGUCGUAAUGGUCGUGGAGCCGAUCAACAUCAAGAUCUCAGAGGCCAUCAUGAAUUUCCAGGAGACAAACAAAGACAUCUCAAAUCAGGUGUUCCAGGGCUGUGGACGACCCACGCUUGGUCGACGAAGACGUCGGGAUACAGAUCCUGAAGGAUUCACAUUCGAUGACGAAGAAACCACACGACAGAGUAGAUCAGCUGAACCUGCAAGCCAAGAACUGAGCAAGUUUGAACCGUUGCGUUUUAGUAACGGCGACAACUACAGCGAAAACGGACGCAGGAAAAACAAAAACAAGAAUCGUAACAAGGCAAGAAAGGGCGACAAUUACGACGAUGACUACAGCAAGGAACCAGUUUUAGACAAACUCAUCAAGGACAUCCGGCAGAAGGUCAAAGACACCAAGAACUUCUGGUCCAAUCUGCCCUACCAGAUUUGCAACAAUGAAGAUCUGGCUGCGGCACCUUCAAUGGAGGACUACUGCUGGAACGGUCGUGCUGUCGACAGAUAUCCUCAUUCUGUUGUUUCGGACAACAAGCUGAAUCCGGAAUUCCCUAAUAACAUGCCCGUUCGACGGAGCACCAUCUUAGAUGCUCAACUCUAUAGUCUGAGGACGUCCAUUAGUCAACUUAAGAACGCUUACAACGGUCUGGAUGUGGAGUGGAGCGAUCAAGAGGAAGGUGAGUACGGCAGUGGGUCCGGAAGCGGAGUUGACAAUGACGAUGAAGACUCCGGUGGAUCAGGAAUGGGCGGGUAUGACUUCGAAGCGCACAUUCCGCCUCACAUCACUCACAAUGAGAUCUCUCCGGGCCGCGGAGGCAUCGACCAGCUGCCCGGGAACACCUCCCAUCCAUCCGGUGCUUAUCCGGAAGAUCCGGUUGUCCGGAAAGGCGAAGAGGGUGUGCGGGAACACGAGGACACACACCUCAAUGAGCUGGAGCCAAAGGGGGGCACAGAAAGUGGGGGAACGGCCACACGGAUCCCUGAGAUGUCCAUUGGACGAGCCCUGGUCACAUACAUGUUCCCCAUCGUUAUGGCCUGGUUUGGAGGCAUGUUCUCUGAAUUGCUGUGAUAAACUUUUUUAUUUUUAUUUUUUGAUACACUCGAUAGGCGUUUUUAUUUUAAUGAAUUUUUUUUUUGAAUGGGCGGAAAGAGCAGGAAGUUCUCUGCUUAUUUCCUGCCCCGAAGAAACCGGACAUUGGAGCGUGAAAUUGUUGUUUGUUUUUGAACCUCGUGAGGUAGAAAUGAAGUGAAUUUAGAAGAAGAAAAAUCUUGACGAUAAAAGAAUGAAAGAUGAAGAAAAUAUAUAUUUAAAAUAGACACACCCUCUGUCAACAUAAACCAAUUGUAGAAUGGCUUUGGAGAAAGCACCUCUUGCAGGUGCUUUACUUGCCGAUGCUGAAAAUGGUGAGAGAAUUAACCGCGAAAGAAUGGAGAGAAAAGAAAAAAAAACUAAUUUUUUGUGUUGUUGUAUGAGUGUGGUAAUAGAGAUACAAUUUUUAAUAGGAAUAAAUUUUUACAAUUAUUUAAUUUUUAAAUUAUGAAUUAUUUAUAACAUUUAAAAAUUGAGCAAAUUAGGUCGAUAGAAGAAAUAAUUUUUUUUCAUUCACUGUAAUUUAAAUGCAAAGAGAUGAGAUGAACAAAAAGAAUGAUAAAUUUAACAAAUCAAUAUUAGAUAAAAAAAAAAUAAAGUGUUUUUAAGAGAUAUUGUAGCACAGUGUUUUAGAAGAGAUGUCCUCAGAAAUGCUAAAAAUAUUUUGGUUAGCAAUUAAAUGACGUUUGAACUAAAAUUUAGAAAAACUUAAUGUUGCAUCCGGAGAUGUUGCAGUGCAGGAUUUUUAAGGCUAUAUUCGAUUUAUAUAAAGAUUUGCAACGCUGUUUAUUUAUUCAUUUAUUUUCAACCGGUUAUGCCUAUCGGGGUUGUGGACUUUAGAAAGAUGUUUGAGAUCGAUCCCAAGGCGUUCUAAGGCAAGAUACUAAAUAUCUCAAAGAACAAAUCCGUAAAUCGUCGGAUGAAAGGAGGUGCAGCCCAUAAUAAAAAUUUCUUAUCCCAGAGCUUUCGGUACUCUACGCAUCUUCUUCAGUGGCCGAAAAGCCCCCGAAUGCUCUGGGAAAAAAGAAAAUUUUAAUUCUGGGCUAAAUCGUCUCCCAUGGGACGAUUACCGGUUUUGUUCUUUGAGUUAAUAUCAACAUCGGUUCCCUACAUUCUGAUACUAAAUAUGUUUCAUUCCCCUUGUUUUAAGAUUGUUCCAAGGUGGAGGUUCUUCCACAAUGGCACACAAAGCUUUUCUGGGAAUCUUGAUUUGCAGCGUCUGUAGAGUAAAUUUUAUAAAGUAUAAAUAUACUACAACGCAGCAAUAUACUUAAUACAAUCUUAAAAUUUAGUCCAAAUAUUAAAAAAAGCAAUUUCGUGCGACCAUAUAUCAGAACAGGGCGUAGGCAGAGCUACCCACCCGGCAAAUUCUGCAGAAUUCUGCAGAAAUUCGUCAGAUUUGAAUUACUAACUGCCGAAAAAUCAGCAGAAUUUCUGCAGAAUCUAAGAUGGAUCCGACCGUUGUAUGAAAAUUCUGCAGAAUUUUCUGCAGAAUUUCUUUAGAGUAUUUAGAUGAUUUCUACAUUUCUAAUGUUUCUAAACAUUAUUUUAACUACAUAAAAAUAUGUAUUUCAACUUAUUUAAAAUUCAAUUUCAAUUCAACAAUUUUACGUGAAUACUCUCUUUUUUACAAUAUUAUUAUAAUGUUAUAACACAAUACAAUAUUAUUAAAUCAUCCAUAAAAUAGAAGGGGAAGGAAAUGGUUAGAAAACACGAAAGAAAUUCGCGAUGCUCACGAAGUCGCACGACUGUCCCGAAGCCACACGAAGUAUCCGAUUGAAUGACAAGAAACGUUAAAAUUUCAAAAGUGCAGAAUUGCAGAUCGAAGUUUUGCUGGGUAAUUUCUGAUUAUAGAAGACAAACUUAAUUUUUAAACGGUAUCAACAAAAGAGAAGUUAAUGGAUUCUAAAGAUAUCUGUAGUAUCAAAAUCAGGAAAAUUCAAAUUUUAAUAACAUCCUUAAUCCUGGGAUAAAUAUUAAACUUAAAUUUAUAAAAAUUUCAAAUAUUUCAGCCUCAAUUCAGAAAUCUGUUAAAAGAUUCUAAAGAGCGUAUUUCUUGACCGAUUUGGAUAAGUUUGGGUUCUUUAAAAAUAUAUUAGGAUUCCUGACAAGUUUAAUAAAAAUGUCUAACUUAUAAGCCAUUAACUUGCCGAAUACCAAACCCGAUGGGCUUAUGUCCUUUUGGCAUUCUUUGACGCUAACGAAUCACAAACCGAGAAACGGGAGGCAGGUUUAUAUAUCGUCCUUCAACCCCUUCUGACCUUUUAAAUACGAUUGCCUUUGACAUAAAGACUAUUCCACCUAAAGUUUAUAAACUGAAAUCCGAGAAAUUGGGCCCUAUUAAACUUGCGAUCGAGCCAGCAACUCGUUUAUUCUAGAACUCGCUGGAGAAUUGUCUUUACCUAUGGAGGGCUAAGCCUUGCACAUGACAAAUAUACUCGAUAACUUAUUCACGAAAAACUGAAAAGUAUAACGCAUAGCCCUACUCAAGACGUCACACCUAAAGUAACGUCUUCUAUCCCAGUGAACAUAAUUACGACGGUGGCUAUAAUAUUACUAUAUAGGGGUCUAUACGCAAUUCCAAAUAGAGACCUUGAGCACUGCUCAAGCAACUGGUUAUAAACCAAUUAAUAAGUUUUAUCAUUAAUUUAAACAAAGAAAUACUGAAAAUUCUAAUCAACUUUAAAGGCCAAUUAAAGCUAAAUGAUUAAUCUGAGAAUUGAUUAGUUUGAUCUUUAUCUAUAGGCUCUACUAGGGGAAAGUAGCCUGCUUUUGAAUACGGCAGCCUUUGAAUGCUUCAAUUUCCCUCUUAAGUCUCAAAGCUAAAGUUCCAUUUUGUUUAUCGAACUUAACACUAAACCUACUAACUGUUUUUGAUCGUUUUUCGACCAAAUGACAAACCGUGGUAGGGUUGAAUACUCAACAAAUUUGCCUUGGAAAAGAGCAAAAAAGAAUAAAAUUUAAACACUGAAAAAUAUAUUACAUGCAUAUUUUAAGACAUUGUACCGUUUAAACAUGUGUUAAUUUUAAAUCGGUCAAUUUUAUCGGGCCUUGGUAGUUUUAGUGUUAAUACAAAAUAGUUAAUAGAAUUUUUGCUUCGAGAAAUAAUAAGAGAAAAUUUGAAACAUUCACAGGCUGCCGCAUUUAAAGGCAGACCACUUUCCCCUAGUCUUUACUGAAAAAAGUAUUUCAAUAUUAUCGAUAAGAAAAUUAAAAAUUAGGCAAUAGAUUUUUUAAAAAAUAAAUCUAAUAUCUUAAGUACAAGCUUCUUCGUUUUCUUAAAAAAUAAUUUUGAUUUUCGUUCUAGAAUUUUGGAAAAGCUUGUUAUAGCAAUUGAAUAAAAAUUAGGAAAAUAACCCAAAAACUUUCGUAUUACAUGAAACAAAAUGAAGGUAUUUUAAAUUUUUAAAUUGAAAGUAAUUUUUAAAAAUUGUCUUGAGAGUAGCAAAGUCUAUAUUUAUUAACAAUAAUUUUUAUAUUGAUUUUCAGUUUGAUCUUUGAUAUUAAUUUUCAGUUUGUCCGUUAUCCCUUGCCUCAUGCGAAGUAGGGGAUUUGAUGAUGUCAAGUCCAUUUGCCAUUGACGUGGCCCGUAUUUGGGUUAGACAAAUUUAAUUUUUAAGCCUCUACUCGAUUAAUAAUAGUUUGAUUUUGGUCUGAAUAAUUAGUUCGGCCACAUUAGGCAGUAGCAAAUUAAGCCGAAGUAUACAGAUUUUAAAAAGGUAUUUUAAUUAAUAUUUAUUUUUUGAUAGUUCCAUCAACAGUCUGGAAUUGGGGCUUAUAUUUUGGUGAACAAAACUACGUAAGGACUUCCCGAAAUGUUCUCACUAAGCUGAAUAAAAUUAUCAUUUUUCAAAACAUUAUGAUUUCAAAAGAUUUUCCUUUUUUGAUUUGGAAAUGAGUUAAUCUUAAUUUCUUUUUUAAUUAGGCUUUCACCUUGAGCUAAUAAAGAAAAUAUAGAAAAACAAGAAUUUCAAAAAUCUUCAAAUUAAAAGCAACAGGAUUAUUUUUUUGAUAUUUUUUUCAUGUUUUGAUAUUUUGAUUCAUGAUAGAUUUUUGAUAUUUGAAUGACUUUUAAUUUUGAUUUUUUCUUGAUUUCAAAAUUAAAAUCUUCACCCUUUUACGACGAAACACUUUUUACUGACCGAAAAUCAGUAAUAAAAAUUUAACCGAUAAACAAAAUCAAUGAAACGUCUUACAUCUGACUUUGGAAAAUCCAACAGAGUCUGAUUAGAUGCAUUUUUUUUACCUCUACGAGCGAUAGGGACAAAAACAGCUCAAAAAUUUAAAUCAAUUUUCUGACAAUACCAAUGAAUAAUAAUAUUCAGUCUAAUGAAAAAUAUUAUGUAAAGGUAUUGUAGUUUCCUUUUCCAAAACAAUUUUGCUUAAAAAAAAUUAGAAGUAUUAAAAAUAAUUAAAAUCAAUUUUCAAUAUGAGAAUUUAAAAAUUCGUAAUUUUUAAGCUUAAAUAUUUACAAUGUAGCAAAUACCUGGAGACUUGCAAAAAAUAUUCUAGAUUCCUACAACCUUCUACUUUACAAUUGCGUACAAACAUAAGGAAAAAAUAACUUUAAGUAGUCAGGAAAAAUUAUUUUCUUUAUGGGACAAUGAUGUUCCAAUCGUCCUUAAAAGGUUAAUUAGAUGAGAGAGCUCUAAAAAUGAUGAUUUAAACUUGGAUUAUGAUCGGGGUUCGGAUUUAUUUGUUUUUUACUUCAAACCGAAUAUAUUAAAAUUCUAUUUUUCCCAAGUACAAUUUAUUUAUUAAUUUACCUCGGGAAUAAACCUAUUAAAAAUCCUACGCUCUUACACCUCCGGAUUUCCAAAAUCUAAAAAAAAACAUAUUUUUUCGAAGGUAUGAAACCAAAGAUUUUUUUUUAAUCUAUUGACAAAAUUAUUAUUUUAAGGAAAAGGGGAAAACUUACAAUCUGAAAAAUUAAGACAUUGAAAAAUUAAGGUUUCACUUGUAGGACAUCUCAUCUUAAACACUUUGUUAAACCUGUGCCAGAUAUUUAAAGAGAUUUUUUUCUCAACAAAUUAAACGUAUUUUUAAUGCAAUUCUUUCCUUAUAACAAAAGGUGUAUAAUUUUUAAAUAAACAAAAUGCCCAUAGCUCAUUCAAGAAUAAGUAAUUGUUCAAAACGUGUCAUUUAAAACAAAUUAAAAAUAAUUAAUUCAUUUACUACUUAAUGUCUCUGUAACACUGCUUAUCUGUUUACUACUUUUUCUUUGGAGAAUUUCCAUAAAACAACGCUUAAUUUUAUUUUCCGAAAAGAAAGAAAAACAAGAAAAUUUGAAAAAUGAAAUAAAAAGAAAUAUAGAAGGGAAAAAAUUUGUAAAUAAUCUCAAGAAUACGUACAGGGAGAUGAAUUGAGGAAUGUGGGAAGGAAAAUACUAAAAAAAAAAUAAAAUUUGUGUAUAAAUUUUUAAAAUUCAACGGCACAAUUGACGUCCUCUUUCCAGCAACAAUAAAGUCCUUUUCUCAUUAAAUAUUUUCCAUUUAAUGUCAUUGUCUUUUUAACUAAGUAGAUGAGAAAAAAAUAAGAGAGAGAAGAAAAAAACAAGAUGAAAAUUAAUGUGAUUGAAAACUCUUCUUUUUAACUGAUUUAACAUUUAGUGAAGAAAAUCGUGAAAAAGAUAGACUGUACACUAAUCUAGAAGUAUGAAUAUUUUUUGUGUAAAAAAAAUCCCAAUGAGUUUAAACAUAUAAAAAUUGAAUUUUUUCUCUCGAACAUUGCAAAAAGAAAUAUGCAUGAUUCGAGAAGAAAGCAAUAUUUGAGAGAUCAAAAGUCUUUUUUUCUGCCCACUUUAUCGUCGAAAGAAUUCAUUUUCACAGACGAAAAGUUAAUCUAAAAGGAAAUUUCGAGUCAAAAGGAAAAUGCGUGAGAAAAUCAAUGGCUCAAGCAUUGAGUCUCAGUUGAUAUUUUAGUGAAAAUGAGAGAAAAUGUGGCUAAAAAAAUGUGUUUUUUACAGGAUCUAUUGUAUACCUUCUACCCUAAUUGAUGAAAAAUAAAGAGAAAAGAUUUAUGUAAA